AUGCAUGUCCAGGAGCUCCUAUUCGUUGCCGCAGUGCUAAUGCCCCAGUGCCUGAGGGCCCUGCGCUACAGCCAGGGCGCCGGAGACGAGAACUGCGAGACCCUAAAAUCGGAGAUCCAUUUGAUUAAAGAGGAGUUUGAUGAGCUGGGACGAAUGCAGAGGACCUGCAAUGCCGAUGUCAUAGUGAACAAGUGCGAGGGACUUUGCAAUAGUCAGGUGCAGCCUUCGGUGAUAACUCCAACGGGAUUUCUAAAGGAAUGCUACUGCUGUCGCGAAAGCUUCCUCAAGGAAAAAGUUAUUACCCUAACUCAUUGCUACGAUCCGGAUGGCACCCGUCUCACCUCUCCGGAAAUGGGCAGCAUGGACAUACGUCUCCGAGAGCCAACCGAAUGCAAGUGCUUCAAGUGCGGCGACUUUACGCGUUGA